AUGUUUAAGAACAAUUAUCUCUUUUGUACAAUAUUAUUACUUGGUCUAUUGACAAUUGUCAAUAGCCAGUUGUACUCCUUCACUCCAUACCAUGGAUCAACAAGUUGCAAAGGUCAACCACAUGGUGUAGGCUUUGGCGCCAUUGAGUUCCAAUGUUCUUUGAACUUCUCAAACGAUGCUUCGUUUAUGAUCUACAACAUAUAUGACACUAAUCAAUAUAACUUGUCGUAUCAUUUGCAUCCUUAUUGCAGUGAUUAUGUUCAUGACCAGGUGUUUGAUUUGGGCGCAUGUACCUACUCACCAUGGGCAUACACAGCCUACAUGUUCACCAAAGUCGAUACAUUCCAAAGAGUGAAGAUACCAUCAAAGUCCGUUGUGUUCCAAGCCACCAACAGCAACUGUCUGUCCGUACAAUCAUACUGGUACGCCACCAAUGGCACUGUGAUAUCUGAUCGCGGUGAUCCAUGGGGCACUACACAGUACUAUUGUCAAAAGGGACAACCAUUCCAACGUCGCUGCACACCCAAUGCACCAUGCCUUUCUGGUCCUAUAAUGAUGGAUGCCUGUUCGUCUGACAAUCCCUGGAGAGUGACCUGUUCGCAAUGA